UAUAUACACAAUAGGAUCCAAGAUGGCCGAGUUUGGGGCUUCAAACCACGGGGACUCAGCUCUGAAUUACCAAGAAAAAGAGUUAAACGAGAGAUUGAAGCGCUUGUAUCCGGCAGUGAACGAAGAUGAGACUCCACUGCCUCGAUCGUGGAGCCCGAAGGACAAGUACAACUACAUCGGAUUGUCACAAAACAAUCUCCGUGUUCAUUAUAAAGGUCACGGAAAAAACCACAAAGAUGCUGCAUCAGUUCGUGCUACGCACCCGAUCCCCGCUGCUUGUGGCAUAUAUUACUUUGAGGUGAAGAUUGUUAGCAAAGGCAGAGAUGGAUAUAUGGGAAUCGGAUUGUCAGCCCAGGGUGUCAAUAUGAACCGUCUGCCCGGGUGGGACAAACAUUCGUAUGGCUAUCAUGGGGACGAUGGACACUCCUUCUGUUCUUCAGGUACAGGACAGCCCUAUGGUCCCACUUUCACCACUGGAGAUGUCAUUGGCUGCUGUGUUAACCUCAUAAACAACACCUGUUUUUACACGAAGAAUGGUCACAGUCUGGGAAUAGCAUUCACAGAUCUGCCUCCGAACCUGUAUCCAACUGUGGGGCUUCAAACACCGGGUGAGAUAGUAGAUGCCAAUUUUGGGCAGCAGCCAUUUGUGUUUGACAUAGAAGAUUACAUGCGUGAGUGGAGGGCAAAGAUUCAUGGCACAAUUGAGCGAUUUCCUAUAGGCGACAGACUAGGGGAGUGGCAGACGAUGAUGCAAAACUCAUUGUGUGAGAAUUUGUUUUAUAGCAUGGUGUCGUCCUACCUGGUGCAUCAUGGGUACUGUGCAACAGCAACUGCCUUUGCCAGAGCAACAGGGCAGACCAUUCAAGAGGAGCAGAGUUCAAUCAAAAACAGACAGCGAAUACAAAAGCUAGUUUUAUCAGGAAGAGUGGGUGAAGCUAUAGAAGCAACACAACAACUAUAUCCAGGAUUACUUGAGCGUAAUCCAAAUUUGCUCUUCAUGUUAAAAUGUCGGCAGUUUGUGGAGAUGGUGAAUGGUACAGACAGUGAAGUACGCUGUUUCAGUGGCCGUAGUCCCAAGUCCCAAGAUAGCUAUCCUGGAUCACCCAAUAUGAGCCCUAGACACGGAGCAAAUAACACUCACUUCAACAAUGCAGGAGCAGAUAGUCCAAACUGCAGCAAUGGAGUUGUGUUGUCAAAAAGCAAACCUGUGCACAACAAAUAUCCAGCUAUAAGUUCCUCAUCAUCAUCAUCUUCGUCCUCUUCCUCGCCCUCCUCUGUAAACUAUUCAGAGUCCAAUUCUACAGACUCUUCCAAAUCCCAGCAACACAGUAGUACAAGUAACCAGGAAACCAGUGAUAGUGAAAUGGAAAUGGAACCAGAGCACUACACCAAUGGAGUCUUGGAAAACACCUCCUCUAGAAUAAUGAAUGGCAACUAUAAGCAUGAAGAAAUCCUGCAGACGGAUGAGUCCAGCAUGGAGGACAGCUGCCCUCAGCGCCAGCUCUGUGGAGGUAACCAAGCUGCAACAGAACGCAUGAUCCAAUUUGGGCGAGAGUUGCAAGCCUUGAGUGAACAGCUUUGCCGUGAAUAUGGAAAGAAUGCUACACACAAGAAAAUGUUACAGGAUGCGUUUAGCCUGCUAGCAUACUCUGAUCCUUGGAACUGUCCAGUUGGUCAACAGCUUGAUCCUAUCCAGAGGGAACCUAUCUGUGCUGCCCUUAAUAGUGCUAUUUUAGAAUCUCAGAAUCUGCCAAAGCAGCCUCCAUUGAUGCUUGCACUGGGCCAGGCCUCCGAAUGCCUCCGACUGAUGGCACGUGCAGGGAUUGGAUCCUGCUCAUUUGCCAGAGUGGACGACUAUUUGCACUAGCUGCUGUGGCAGUGGAAAGACCUCAAAUACUGCCCCUCACCUCCUGUUCAAGACGUACAACAACCCCUCCCCUCUUGAAGACCAUCGCACUGCCCACCAGACGGGUGCUGACCAUUUUCCUUUCUUACCUGCAUCCUUGUUACAUUUUAUCAGGUUACAUGACUGAAUGCAUUGCAUUUUGAAAGAGAUCAUGGGUGCAGUAAUGCACAGUGCAAACGUAGCAUAUUUCUUUGAUUUUUAUUUAGUCACUGAAUCACCAGUAUUUAGCCCUGGAGGUUUUGUCCUGCGCUAGCCUCUAUUGUUUACUGGUUAUCAUAGGGCUGUAACAAAACUCAUGUAUUUUGAAGCUUUAAUACUUUACAUUAUUUAACAAGGCUGAAAAACGUCUUGGGUUUGUAGCAGCAUUACCCGAUGCAAUUUUAUUCUCCAGCAUUAAUCAGUGCUUCAAGUCCAGUCCCCAUUUCCUUUGGCAAAAAUUCAUUGACACUCAAAAACUUUGAUAUGUACUAUUGCCAAAGCUUUGAAUUUUCCCUCUGUUUCACUUAUUCCUUUGCCAAAAAAAUACAACUCUUGGUUUGUUACAGCCCCAGUAAUCAAUCACAUUUGGUUUACAUCACCAUGUUCUACCUGUGUAUAUUUGUGUGGAACAAUGCUGCUCAUCAUCACUUUUGGUUUUGCUUUCCUUCCUUCAGCCUUUAGUUGCACAGCCAUAGCUUCCACUUGUUUCUUGCCGGAGGUUUAACAUCAAAACCCACAACAUGUCAGUGAGUUCUGGGCGGCCUCCUACUUCAAGCUCCCGCAUUGUACUCCACCAGGCCUUCCUUUUCAAUAACAGUACCACCAAUUCUCUAGGUCAUUUGUCAGCAGCAAAUACUGUUAGAGUAGGGAGGGAGGUAAUGUUAGCCAAGGAUAAUAUGGGUAUAAAGCUAAUAAACUUUAGGAACCAAGGAAACUAAGGCAAAGGCCAGUUCGGCAGUUGAAGUAUACGUCUCUGUAGAUAUACUACACAACCUCCUUCUUUGGAAGGAUUUACUAAAUGUUUUACUAUAAUGCCUGUGGGAAAGUUAGUUGACUAGCGACUGGUUUUGUUGGUUUCUGAUUAUGACAACAUGGUAAAUUUCCAGCUUACAACUACGAUGUUGUUAAUUGAACAAUCAUCUCUGGGUGGGGAGGUGGCAGGCUGUGGGGGACGGGAGCCACUCUGAUAGUUUGUAAGCUAGUAACCUUUCAAUCAAUCAAAUUAGUCAUGCCCAUCUAAUUAGCCCCACCUAAAAGCUACAUGAACAAAAUCAUAAGAUUACCACAACAAUAUAAGUCAUCAAAGGAAUAGCAGAAUAACAGAACACCAGACAUGAGCCAAGAGACUUAAUAUGCUGGAGAUUCCUGUGGCUGCUGAGAAUAUCAUAAAACAGCAAUCUAACUACUUGGAAUUCAUCAGUUCUAUAUAUAACUAUACAGAGAGAAAAAUGUUUCUAAUUGGACAAUUAGCAGUGACCAUGAAUCAAACAGAUCGAGUAGUUAUUCUAAAUAGUAGCCUGUAAAAUCUGAAUAGGAACUGGACUGUGUAACUGCUUCAUUGUGAGCUACAUUGUGGAAUUGUUCACUUAACAAGUUUGGAUUGACAUGUUAGCUUUUAAUUUUUUUUCUAAGUGCAAAUUGGGAUGAUGCUUUUGGGUUUUAAUAGUUUUAAGAAAAUAAUACCAUUACCUCCUCUUCUAAACGUAUUUUGUGUUGGUGCUAUUCUAAAACAGAUUCACUGUGUCUUCUCCCAGAAUUUUAUGCUAAAUUCAGUUCCUUUGUCUCUGAAUUAAAUUAGACAUAGUUUCCAGAGAAUUUCAAAGAGGAAGCUUGCAUGUCUGUGUAUCAGCACACAGUCAGACCUGUCCAUUGUAGACAUGAUUGUAAAAUAACACUGCUCGGAAAAACAUGAGGUUUUAUUGCCUGUGGAUUUGCAUGAUCCUAUGUUAAUUUACUCGCCAUCUUGUUGACUUGCCUAAGGGCCUGUAACAAUGCUUCACUUUCAGAGUGGAAUGAGGGAGCCAAAAUGACACAUGUAGCAAUUGCAGGAAAGGAUCAUGUUCCUGAACACAAUGUCAGUGGAAGAUAGAACCACUUUUUGGCAAUACUUGAAAAUAAAACAUGAAGGAUAAUGGGCAACUUGUGCAAGACCACUAAAGCAUGUGAGGAAUUGCCAUUUCAAGGUUCAAUUAAUACAGUACCUUCCAUUUUCAAGAGUUUUUGACAUAGUUUGGACAAUAAAAAUUAGUUUUGGAUCAAUUAGACUUUAACGAACAUCUUCAAAGAAUUUAGUGAUCAAUUAUAGGAUGGUUUAUUGCUAAAAACAUACUUCCUCAGCUUUAGCAAAGUUGUCACUUGUUACCGAUAUGUUGCCUUUUAACUAGUAAUAAUUUCUUAAAAUAUUACAAAUCAACGUUAACAUUAUAAUGCAGUUACUUCUUUAAAAAAGGUUCAUUGCAUUGUUUAUAAUUGUUUCCUGUAAUUCCCUCCCCAUUCUCUCCCAGCUACAGUGGGCAUUGUUCUCUGCCAGGGAGACCAGCUAGCUUUCCCAGGUCUCUGCAUAUUCCACAUUAAUUUGCUGCAGGGAGGUACAAAGAACUGAUCUGGUAUGAUGUCUGACCUCCAUUCAACUCAGCCAGUUCUUAAAGUUUGUAAAGUAUGCAGUGCAGCAUGUGACUACCCAUUGCUGUGCUAUAUUGUGCAACAUACGGGAAAAAUCUCUAUUUGUAUUUGAUGUUUACGGAGCAUUUUGGUUAUUGAAUUUGAUUGGGAAUUUCAACAUUGCAUGUUUUUUCUUAAAUGUACAUGUUAAUAUCAAAGCACUUGUGCAAUCCAUAAUGUUCAAGAAAUAGACUUGUAGUUACAAGAUCCCUGUUAAUGCAGUGAUGAUGCUAAAUUUCAGCUCACUGAGCUAUCAGAAACCAGAUAUUUCUUGUCAUCUAUACAUGCCAUGCUUAAAUAGCAAAUAUGCACACUCUCACGUACAUGCCAAUACUGCUGACACUGACACCACCCAAUAUUCAGAUUUUCACCUAUGUAACUGAGAUAACUUGACCACUAUCAUUGUUUUUCUCUGCCACUGAUUUCCUCAUGAGGCCCCCUUGUUGCCUGCUUCAAGAGGAUUUAAACACUGAUGUUUUCAAUGUAGCUUUGAUUGCUUGACUGAAAAUGUGACAGAGCCCAUCACUUUGUUCUAUCAAGUGCGACAGUGGUUAACAGUUAGUGAAAUUUACCAAUGCUACUCUGCUAAAGCAAAGCACAUUUUCCCCACUGAAGCUAGGACUGAUCUUGAGGGAAUGAAAUUGGGUCAGUGAUGUGUGAAGAAAAAUCCUUGAAGUCGUUUUCUGCAUUCAUGGAAAUUACUGGCUUGUCCCUGACUGAGCCUGAUUUUAUCUGGACUCUGGCGUAAAAAUAAAUGAGGGAAGGAAGUGGUGCAAUAAAUCACUCGUCUGCAAGAAUGACAAAAAUUGCCGUAAUUUUAUAGCGUAAUACAAAACAAAUAAAGUUGCUAGUAGAGUUUUUGCAAAGUUUGGAAGCCAUUAUGAUACCUUAUCAGCUAGUUAUCUUAGAUACCACUGCAGGAAACACAAAUCAAUUUUGAAUGAUGGUCUCUAACACUGCAGUUUUGACAAAUAAACAUAAGUGUAGUAUGAGUCACACAAAGUGAUUUGAGGUUUGAGUUGCAUUUGGCAUUUUUAUUUUCGGAAUAUCUGACUAAACCAAUCUUAAUUUUAGUUUUUGAUAAGAUUCAUGGGGAAUUUGGAGCUCUCAUAAAUUCAGCCUUCAUCUUUUGGAAGCUUCUACUAUUUAAAUACAUAAAUCAAUGUUGAUUUUGCUUUUGCACUGAUUAGACUUGCCUUAAAGUCAAUGCCUUCCUUGUACUUGGAUUUGACAGAGGGUUAAUUAAAAGGAAGUUAUAUGGAAUUGAUCUUCAAUCUGAUUUUUUAAAAUUAGAUGACAGUUGUUCAUCCACCAUAAAUGAAAUAGAUGUAUAUCAUUUGAUAUUAAUUAAGAGCAUCAUGCAGAAGACAUUCUUCAUAGAUUUCCCUCUUCUGCUACAGUACAUUCACUGAUGUUACAGUGAAGCAAUUUGUGCAUAACCCACUUUCUCCCACUGGAGUGGAAGGGAAUUUCACAUUUGUUUCUACUAAUUAUUGAAGUAUAGAACUUAUGCGUUAAUAUUAGACUAAAUUAUGCCAAAUCAUUUGUAACUAUUGACUUUUAAAGAGGUAUAGUAGGUUCCAAUUGCUGGAUGGCCCAGUAUUGCUGAAAAAUAAUGACUUUAAAUAAACAAAUAGUUAAUAAAGAACCUCCCUUGAAAAAUAUGGGUUGUGGAUGUUCCAUUUAAGGUCACUUUUAAUCCGAUAAUAAAUCCAAUUUAAGUGAACAUUGCAGUUACUUUAGUAUGAAUUGAAUCAAGGUAAUAUCUGACCACACUGUUUCAGAUUUUUCCUUUGCUAUUGGUUACAGGGAUUAGUUCAGUCAUUUCUCCUACAAAACCAUGUCAAUGAAUUAUGCUGAAAAAGAUCAGCAAUUUAGUUCUUUAAGAAAAAAUAUAUAAUUAUUCAAAAAGGGAGUGUCAUGUUUAUAGCGUGUGGCCCAAUAAUGAUUUCUAACUAACCUUGGCUGGUACUGCAGUAACAAUAUUUUAGCCACAGACGAAGUAGAAAAUGGCGUACACAAUGCAAGUAAAUGUACCUUGUGUAUAUUCACUUGGCAUCUAGCACCAUUCAGUAACCAAGGAAAUAAAUAAAGCAAUCACAACAACCAAAAAACUUGAACAUUUUGCUUUUUGUCUUGCCAUUUUAGCAGUAACUGCACAAUGCAUGUGCCAUGUGUCUGAAUAUGAGGGUCAUAUGCUCCACUGAGCAGAAAUGGAAUUGAAAUAACAAAUCAGGAUGUUCAAUUGGCCAAAUACGGAAAAUGUUAGACAAUAAUUACUCAGUAAAAGAAACAUUUUCUGCAAUUACCCUGUUCCUCAGGUGCCCUCAUGAUUUUUUUGACUACGUUCCCAUCCUUUUGAAAAUACAUUGAACCAGCAAGGGAAAGUUUGGUCAAUUUCUGAUGCUGGAUAGCUUAUGGUCUGCUGGUAACCUGCAAGUUGAUAUUACAUCAGUAUGCCCUUUUCUGGAGAUCUAGCUAGACGUUGGUGGUCUUGAAAUUUCAUACUGACUUAUUGGAGAACAGUUUUUAAAAAUUAUACCGGGCUUUCAAAUAAAUAUUUCUUUUCUGACUGGCUGCUGAUGAUCUUUUUAUAUAUAAUGUUAAUGCACUCGUCAAACCAGCAUGUAAUUGCUAAAUUCUACUCAGCUUUCUCUUUCCCACUCCCCCUGCACCCUAGCCCCAAUAAAUCGGUGAAAAAAAUUAAAUAGAAAACCAAUGACAUUUAACUGUCCAGAGUAAAUUAAUUACCUUGAAAAGCCUAGAAAAAAGACAUAUUGUAUUUAACAACAUGAACCUGUAUUCAGUAUUGUGUAAUUACAAAUAGUUGAAAGAACAGCAAUAGCUAUGUUGAAUACAGUGCAACUGGUUACACAUGCAACCCAGUUGUUACUGUAAGCUGGAAAACUGUAUUGCGUGAAUGUGAGUGGAGGUGUCAUAGUAUAUGACAAACUACAACCACUUUGUAAAACCAUGUAUUUUCCUUUCUCGAAUGUUUUAAAUGUCUGUCAAUCAGUAGUGAGGUUGGUAAUGUCACCUUAAUGAGACAAUCUAAAUUUUAAAGUUUCUGAUUUCAUUUUCUAACACUCAGCAUUGGAAACAAUUUUAAUUUGUCUAUUGUCUCACUAACCUUAAGGCUGCAGUAAUGUGCCAUUUUGACUUUUCUUUCUAGUUGUAUGUUUUCAAUCCCACUGUCCCCCAUGCAGCCACAUUUUUUGCUGAUUCGGGAGAUAGUUUACAAACUCUGACAAGUUGAAAAAAGUGAUAUAAUUUACCUCCUAUCUUCUCUUUCUGCUAAAUUUCCCAAAUAAGUUCUGAUUUUAGAUGUAAACAGACAGUAGCUCAGAAAGAGAAGCAUGCUGCAAUUUAACAGUAAUUUACAUUUGCACUCUCACAAAACCCUGAGGUUAAUGCUUUUGAGUUUGUACCAGGCACUUUGAAAUAUGGGAACAGGAGGUCUCAUUUUUCCUGAUGUGAUGAAGUGUACUGAAGCAUGGCUUUGAUUUUUUUUGUGUAUGCUCUUUUCCCUUGGUUGGGCUCUGCAAAACUAAUGCUGAUUUUUUUUUUAAAUUUUUUUUAGAAUAAAACAAUACAAAUUGUGUGACACUAUUUAAAGACUUAAAAAUUCUGUUAAUCUAGUAAUUCUAGUUUUGUGUACUUAACUGUGCUCAGCUUGAAACUAUAGUCAUUUUGUUUAACGGAAGGGAAGGGUGAUAAUAAAAUUUUAAAUUCUGUAUACAGUAUAAAAUGUAUACAUUGUAAUUUAAUGAUUUUCUUUUGUUGCUCCAACUCAGGUAUGAUGCAUACAAUUACAGCAUGGAAUGUGAAGCAAGUUGUUUCAUUUUACCAACACAAUACUCAUGAACUAAUUUCUGCUCCAUGCUCAAUAUCAGUUUAGUUUUGUUAUGAAUUCAAUAAAUGAACACGCAAGUUGUGCUCAAGUACAAUGGUUGUUCAGUUUGAGCAUAGUAAGUAUUUGUGAAGCAAAAAUUACCCAGUACGAGCAUGAACAUUUGAGAAACUUUUAAAACAAAAGCAAAACUAAAAAAAUGUACUAGAAAUAUGUUAAAACAAAAUGUAUUCUGUUGUAUUUUGACAGAAUUAUUUUUAUUAAAAUACACA